AGCAGAGAAGGCGUUCACUCCCGGCAAUUUCAAACCGCAUGCGCGAGUUCUGUUGUUGUAAUAUAGUUUAACGUACCGUAAAUUACCGGAAUCAGUCUAUCGAGGCGUUUUUAUAAGUUAUUGGACAAAGGCGAGAGAAGAAAUUCAAUUCUGAUAGAUAUGGAGGAAGAAGAGACCGUACCGAUACUUCCCAGAAAAGAGCUGCGUAGGCAGAAGUUGAUGGAAUACUUGGCAGCAAAGGCAAAGCUGAAAGUGUCCAACCCCAAGAGUGUCAACAGCUGUGACAACUGCCAGGUUAAGAAACCUGUGAUGUCUGCACUAAAGAUUGUCAAGGGGAAAGAGAACAAUCCUCCAGCUGACAGUCUGAGAUAUGAAGCCAGAAAAGCUCAUACUCUGGCUCCUCAAUCCACUGAACAUCAAGCUAAAAGAGGAUUUGGUGUUUUUAACAAAGUUAUUGUAAAAAGCAGCAGCCUGACUGCACAGCAGAAUGUCAAUCGUUCAUCUGCAACCAGUGGCCCAGCACAGCCAAAACUUAAUCAAAAUCGAGUGUUUACAAAUACAUACAGUGUGUCUUCCAAAUCUAACCUGUAUGUAGCCAGCCAUCUAAAAAAGCAGCCAAAAACAGGAAUGCAAUCUUCAGUCAAAGCCUCUUCCAAUGCCUCUUGUAUAGCUGUAGCAAAAUCCAAUAGCAGAAUCAAAAAAAGUAUCUCAAAUGUUACCAGGUCAGGUCCAAUGACAUCAGUCAGCACCAGGAUAAGUCUUGGCCCCAUUGUCAAAACAAAAACAGGACUUGUUCCUGCUGUGAUCCAGCCAAGGAAUACAGAAUCAAACUUAACACGCACCUCUGCCACAGCAACUGAUAACACUGUGAGCAUUAAUACUUCUGUUGCCAACAAGGUGCGGCCCAGACCCUCAUCAUCACUUUCUGUUUCCAAGAGUUCUUCCAUGGCUCAGAGGAAAACAUUUCCUCGUGCUGCUCUAAAGAACUCUGCUCAUGAGAGAACCACUGUUUCUCUGAAUGCAAGAGCUGUGAUUAAAACUCAAGAUCAGAAAAAGUCUAAUUCCAAACCACUUUUGGGUAAACAUUCUCAACCAUCUUGUAAGAAUCAACAAUUAAGUGGAGUGAAAUCAACAUCCACCUCCUCCAAGUGCAGAGCAGCACUUGUCAAGCCAGAGGGAAGAGUAGGAGUGCCAAAAACGAUUGAAUCAGCUGGGCAGCCCACACACAGAUCCACAAAGCAGAGAUCUCAGGCUGAAGGGGAGAAAAAUGGCCAACCAUGCAAAGUUGCCCCCCGAACCACCUCGGGGCCAGAGAGCAGGUGCAGUUUCAGGGUGGUCAGUGGAGUUACGCGGGCUACUGUGGCUGAGCUGGGAGGGAAAACCAAGAUAUGUGAAAAGACAGAAAACAAGAAGGGAUGCAGUUCAGCAAAAGCCCCUCCGCUACAGACAGGUGCAAAAAGAACAAGUGCUCCAGUAAUGUCACAGACAGUGCCACGGCCUGCCAGGACCACCAGCUAUUCAGGCAAGAACACAGACAUGAAGACACCAAAGGUCCCAGUCAGGGUCAUUCCCCAGACGGAGGGAAAGAAACUGACUGCUGCCCAGGAGGAGAGAAUGAGUAAACUACAGGCAUGGCGAGAAGCCAAAGGCAUUUCCUACAAGCGUCCUCCAAUGCCAGCUAAACCUCUGGUCAGGCACACUGUGUCCUUGCCUCAUCCUUUCUGGGUAAACAUGAAGGAGGAGGAUGAGGCCCACUCCCUUAUCUAUGCAGUGGAUCGAUCCCUGGCUGACUGCUUAAAAUUGCUGGGUGAGGGUUGCCCCCCAGACCAGGUGAAAGAGGUUCUCUCACGGCUGCCACCAGUGUCCCACAAGUUUGCCAAAUACUGGAUGUGUCAGGCCCGCCUGAUGGAGCGAGAGGGUAACCUGGAUGUCCUGCCCAUGUUUGAAGAAGCUGUUCGUGUAGUGUUGGAGCCGGUGGACGAGCUGCGGACUGUGGUGUUUGAGAUUCUGAAGAAAAAGGAUGAGAUCCAAGCAUCCGAAGAGAAAGAGGAGGACGAAAUUCCAGGAACGGUGGAAAACACUCCUGAGAGUAGCAACGACCCAAUGAUGACUCCUAAACCUGUCAGAGCCUUGAUCUGCGGAGAGAAAGGAGACUCAUCUGUUGUAAAAUUCAAGAUUACAGCAACUCCUGGUGGCCCUGCACACCAACAGAGAGAACCAGCACGGAUAAAUGGCCAGGAGUUGCGCUUCUUCACCCCAGUGAGACGCUCAGUGCGAAUUGAGAGAGCCUCACUCCAAUACCCUACGUCCCUCCAGGACCACGAUCUCUGUGUGGCCUCCUACAAUGACCUAAUUGCCGAGGAGGAUAAAGAUAAAAGUGAAGAGCAGAAGGAUGGGGAAACCAGCCCGUCCGCUAACGACACACCGAUGUACGUCUACAGGCAGAACGAAGCACUUAAUGACAAGGUGUUGGUCAAGCUUUUCUACGAUGAAGAUGGUAGUCCUUAGGUGCUUACCUCACCUCCACCAGUUUGUAAUUGAGGGAAAAAAUUCAUACAUUUUUCAUUGUUCACAUGACAGGGAGAAAAAUGUGCAUAUUUUGGUGUUAUUGGAUUUAUAACUGUUGAGUUUGUUGACUUUUAUCCUUGUAAAAACUGAACCUGACUGUUUUUAGGCAAUGAACUGUUUUGUAAAGGUCACUGCAAGUAAUGUCCUGUAUAUAGUAUUGUAAAAUAAAAGGCCUUUUUAAAAAAAAAAACCUAUACAUGUA